GAACGCAGCACGUACUUAAUCAAUAUGGCGCAUGUUGAUAUGACAAAUUGACAGCUGUGUUUUGCCUUUGUGCGAACGUUACAUUUAUUGUAAUGUUUUGCUUCACAUAACGAGACCACCAAAUAAAACAUUCAACAAUGACUCGACCAUUCGGUAAUAGUGACAAACGUUUUUCAAUCGAUGAUGCCUUUGAAGAGGAAACCGAUGAGGCCAUAAAAGUAUACGGUGCGACGGGUGAUAGAUCUCCUCUGCAGAACAAAUACAAGAAUGGCGGUGACUAUAUAUCCAGUAAAACAUACAAAUGCACAGAGGAUACAACAUCAAGGGACUCGGACUCAUUAAUCCACGAAUAUGUAGAAGCUACACAGUCCAUGUACUGUUGGAACCAUCCUAAAGUCCGAGAGAACUGGAAAACGGUCUGUGCGGCCGUCAUCCUCCUUUUAGUAGGAGUAGGUCUUCUUGGUAUGGGAGCGUUUUCUGUUGCUGAACCUGAAAAUGGACUCCAAGGUGCUGUAUUUUUUGUUGCUGGUAUGAUAUGCUUUGUACCAGGAGCUUAUCAUGUUGUUUACAUCUGGUUAGCUGCACGAGGACAGAGGGGUUAUGAUUUCUAUCAUCUACCAUUGUUCACCUGAUUUGCUUUGCAUAAAAGUGGAGUACGAAUUUCAUUCAGUAUGAUUGUGAUUGAACGAAAUGCUCUCUAAUUUACCGUUGCCCCUUUAUUUAAUGUAAAGAAUGGAUCAAAAAUUAGUACAACCUACUUUUUUCGUUCUAUGCUUGAAAGUUAAUACUGCAUUUAGAUGUAACAUUCACAUUGAAGACGUAAAUAAAAUGUUUUAAUA